CUCUCUCUGUAAUCUUUGGUUCUGAACAUAGGAAGUUUCAGCCGUAGCAGCGAUGUGAAGCACACAUCUCGCUUAUAUGUCAACAGAAAGGACAUUGUCAUCCACAUUGUGAGGACAGUACAUUAAACUGGAAAAUCAUGUCACGGGACCCCUUAAUACUGUUACGUCAGUGUCUACAUCACAUGAAGUUGCCCCACAGAAAAUCUGGCGUGUCCCAUCAGACAGUCCGGUCCAUCAGUUCACUAAGGCAAAGUAAAAGCAGAGGAUUAUUAUGGAAGACUGUGGUGGGCCUGUCGGUUGGAGUUCCAGCAGCUGUGGGGGUGCAGUACGCCAUGUCAGGACCCAGAGACAGGAGGAAGAUGAGGAUUGUGGUGGAAGGCUUUGGACGCUUUUGCAGAUCACUCUCAGUAGGAAUAUGUCUUUCUGUGGAUUAUUGGUGGACCACUCACGUAGUUCUACGAGGCAUGGAGGAGAACAGCCCGUUUUACCUGUCCAAGAUGUCAGAAUGCCACCAGAGGGCAGCAGAGCGUAUGGUGGAGGGUGCUGUAAAGAACGGAGGCAUUUACAUUAAACUGGGCCAAGGUCUGUGCUCGUUCAACCACCUCCUCCCUCCCGAGUACAUCCACACACUGCAGGUUCUGGAAGACAGAGCUCUCAACAGGAAGUACAAAGAGGUGGAUGCGCUGUUCCAGGAAGAUUUUGACAAAACUCCACUACAGCUGUUUAAGGCGUUUGAUUAUGAGCCUAUUGCUGCAGCCAGUCUGGCCCAGGUUCACAAGGCACAGCUGUUUGAUGGCACGCCUGUCGCUGUCAAGGUUCAGUACAUUGACCUCAGGGACCGCUUUGACGGCGACAUCCGAACAUUGGAAAUCCUGCUGGAUAUAGUUCAGUUCAUGCACCCAAGCUUUGGCUUCAGAUGGGUGCUUAAGGACCUCAAGGGCACCCUGGCCCAGGAGCUGGACUUUGAGAAUGAAGCCCGGAACUCUGAAAGAUGUGCGGAGGAACUAAAACAUUUUAAAUUUGUUGUAGUGCCAAAAGUGUUUUGGGAACAGACUAGUAAGAGGGUUCUCACUGCGGAGUUCUGUGAGGGCUGCAAAAUCAACAAUGUCGAAGCAAUCAAAGGACAAGGACUAAGUUUAAAAGAUACUGCAGAUAAAUUGAUUCGGACAUUUGCGGAGCAGAUUUUCUACACAGGUUUCAUCCAUGCUGAUCCUCACCCUGGCAAUGUACUGGUUAGGAAAGGACCUGAUAACAAGGCAGAGCUGGUGCUGCUGGACCACGGCUUGUAUGAAUUUCUAAGCCAAAGUGAUAGAGAGGCCCUUUGUAAACUAUGGAGGUCCAUAGUACUGCGGAAUGAGGCAGAGAUGGAGAGGUAUUCAACUGCUCUUGGGGUCAAAGAAUAUUUCCUGUUCUGUGAGAUGCUGCUGCAGAGGCCUAUCAACAUGCACAAAAUGGGCCUGUCCAACAUCCUCAGCGGAGAGGAGACGGCCUAUAUGCAGGAGAUGGCGCUCAAGCGCUUCCAGAAUAUCAUGGAGGUCCUCAAGUCCAUGCCCCGGCCCAUGCUGCUGGUCUUCAGGAACAUCAACACUGUGCGGAGCAUCAACAUCAGACUGGGCGCCCCUGUCGACCGCUAUUGUGUCAUGGCCAAGAGUGCGGUACGGGGCUGGGGAAAAAUCCAGGCCCAGAAGACUAGUCUGCUGCCCAGGUUCUGGCUCUUCAGCUGGGCCCGAACUGCGUGGGAGGGUUUGAAAUUUGAAGUGGCUUUGAGAUCAGAGAUGGCCCUGAUGAGUCUGACGCGCACCUUCAUCAGUCUGUUCUCGUACUUUGGGCUCAUAUCCCUGGAUGCAGAGAUGUAUGAUUACUUGAGGUAGUACGAGCUCAUCAGUCAGGGACCUAUUAUAAGUGCAGCUCCAACCCAGCCCAUUUAUUCAACAGUGCUACCAAGACAUGGCCUGUGCAGGCCUCAUCAUGUGAGCCAAGACCAGCCAGGAACUAUAGGACUAACCCCAAAAGACUGGAGACUCAAUGUAAUGAGAAGUAUUCAUUUACUUUUAACGUAAAAAUGACUGUAUAUUAAAACUUAAAGAAAGAUGCAAAUGAACAGUGUUGACUCAUUUUAGUAUUUAGCAUAAUGUAUAUGAAAAGGCCAUAUGACUAAAGGAAAUAAGACAGUUUCAAGAAAAAAUGUGAAAGUUGCCAAGCACUGCUUUUGUAACGGCAUGUAUUUAAAAUUAUUUAUACUGUUUAAUGAAAGUCUACCUCUUUGAA